CGUCAGUCGAGUGGCUCCGACCUAGAAGAAGCCGACAUAUUCUGAACAUCCUCUAAAUGUUCAGCCCCAGUCGUCAAGUGCUGCUCUUGGGGGCGAGGUUGAGAGGGAGGGUGAAGGCAAGAAGGGAGAAAAUAAUACAGGCUACCUAUUUUUCUCACAAUCUCGUUUUAACGUAUCCUCUCAAUACGAAGAAGACAUUGGUCAUUUAAAGACGCCGGAAAUCUGAUCAAUAUGAAGACAGUCAUUGUGGUGGUGAUGCUGAGCUUGCUGCUCUGCUCAGCUCUGACUGCAACUAUUAAAGGUAAGGAAGAACAGAAGACCCAGUUCUCUGGGGAGGACUUCCACCUGCAGCUGCCCUCCUUGAAUGCAGAGGUUUUGUUCUGGCCCAGAAAUGCAGCGGUGGGGGCCGAGGAAGUCCUGAUGGCAGGUGGGUUGGUGGUCAGCCCCAAUGCUAAGCUCAACAGCCAGCUCAGUCACUUGAUCCUGGCCAACGUGGGCGAAGACCACGAGGGGACGUACAUAGUGAAGAAUAAGGACCAUCCAGAAGACGUCCGACGGAUCACACUAAUCGUCAGAGACUGUUCCAUUGAGCACAACAUUAAGUAUGGGGAGAACUUCCACAUCCAGCUAGUGGGGGUGGAUGCUCCAAUCACACUGGAAUACAGACCCAGUGCUGUAGAGGCCAACUUGACCUCCAGGCCAGCCCUGGUGCUGCUGACUCAAGGGGGGCUGUCCAGAGCCGGGUACCAGGGACGGUUGAGUGCCACGGAGCACCGGGUGACUCUGAAUGCCGUGACAGGGGCAGAUGAGGGCAGCUACACAGUCAAGGACGUCAACAAGGAGAUUAAGAGGAAGGUGUGCUUAAAUGUCAUAGCCCACCAAAACUUCGUGGAGCUGCCUUUUGCCGGCACACUGAAGAUCAACCUGAUUCUGAAUGCUACCAUGGUGCAGCUGUUCUACACACCCAAAUACGACUUUAAAACCAGACAGAUCCUGAACCGAGGACAGCUGACGGUUCCAACAGACCUGGAUCUGGAGGGGCGUAUCUCACUGGAAUCCUCAGUGGUUAUCGUGGACCAGGUCACAGCCAAAGAUGCAGGACAGUUCAAAGUCACAGAUAUUCUGGGGUUUCCUGUGUCCAACAUUUACCUGGAGGUUUCGGCCUACAGGCUAUCUACCCUAUAUGUGACCAUCAUAGCCCUGGUGGGCCUGCUGGUCUUUCUGCUUUUGGUGUGUCUCUUGUCAUGCCUUUUCAAGCAGAGGAAGAGGGCUGCCAAGGCUCGAGCCAUCGAGAAGAUUGCCCAAAGUGCAGGCAAGGAGGAUGAGGGAGAUGCCUUCAGAGAGGUGGUGAAGAACAUCACUCAGUUUGAGGAGUCCAUGGCCCAGUCCACAGAUAUUACAGAGAAGUCCCAGAGCACCGAGGUGGAUAUUAAAGGUCUGGAGGUGUCAUCCAAGGAAGUGGCAAUUGGUAACCUGGAGACCAGCGACUCUGGGGUGGAGUUUAACACUACUGGCCUCCCAUUGGACACUGACACUGAUGUCCCUGACCAGAUUCCAGAAUCUGAGGCAGAGGCUGACAGUGUUGCCAUCGUUCCACAAAACAAGCCAAGCCCACCUGCAGUUACCAAACCUAGCCUGGAUCCCAAGAUAAAGAAUAUCCCUGAACCAGCUCCUGACCCAAAGUUGACCAUAACCAAACCCGUGGAGACCAAACUCAGCCCAAUCCCAAGCCCAGUCUCCACAUUGGCUCCAAGCCCCAUUGCCAAAACCCCUGAACCUGCCAAAACUCCCGAACUAAAAACACCUGAACCCAAAACUCCUGAAGUGAAAACACCCGAAGCAGCCAAAACCCCUAUUGCUGUGUCACCAAGCCCUGCAUCCCUUAAGCCAACCCCUCCACUGACCCCUGUCUCAAAACCAACUGCACCCCAACUGUCAACCCCUGAAGACCCCACGCCCUUUACACCAACCCCAGAAUCAACCAAGCCUCUGACACCAACUCCUGAACCCCCAAAGAUUACAACCCCAACCCCUGAAUCACCCAUGAUUCUAACAGCAAGUGCAGAAUCCACCAAGCCUGUGACACCAACCCCAGUGCUGACCCCAGACCCUGCUCCAACCACCAACGGCACACCUGAGCCACCAGCACCUGACACCAAACCUGCCCCUGUUGCCCUUAUUGAAAGUCCUAUCGCCAAGGCAACCCCUCCCAAAACCCCUGAGGUGGAGGUUAUUGUCCCGAGUGGUCCAACCAUGGAGGCCAAAAUGGACACCCCUUCUGAAGACACCGCCACAGCCUGAAGACAGCACCCCUCCAAGGGAAGCCUUCGGAUCUGUUGACCUAUCCUUCAUCACCACUGUUGACAGACAAUCAAACACCCCCUUACCAAAUAAGGAACACAACAAUGCUAUAAUUGAUACUGGGACUUAAAUGUAACACUUCUAAUACAAUUUGUAGCUUGUUAUGAUAGCUCACUCACUUAACAAUACUGUUAUCUUUUGGAUACUUUUUUCAAUUAACAGAUAAGAUUAAGAAGAUAGGACAUAAAGGAAGGCAGGUUCCGUAUUGUUGGAUGUUUUAAGUUGUUUCUCUUUUAGUUUUUAUGAUGCGUUCUCUUUUGUAGUGUGUAUAUUAGAGCAUGACUGCCGGUCUGACAACAAAAUCAGUUGCAGAGUUUACAAUUAAAAUGAUAAACCGUAGCUACAUUAGACAUUUUUAAAGUUCAGAGGUGUGCAGAACGAUCCUGCAUCCUUCUACAUAGAAUGGCAAGUGAACAUAACCCAAUCUAGUUUAAACUACAUCUAUGACCAACUCCUCCUUCUCUGGACCGAUAUGACCUUGGAUGAUGCCUGCUUUAAACUCAGCAUGAAAUACAUACAGAAGAAAGCAUGAAUUGUCGGUGAAUUUACAACGACCAGUUCUUUUUAUCUCACAUGAUGAAAGCAAUUAUAAAAAUGAACUACCCCAACGACUUAAUGUUCUUGACAUAAUAUUCUUAUCAAAUUGGAUGAAAUGAAGUCACCAAUUCAACUGGACUGACAUUCAUUAGAUCCCUUUUAAGUUUCCAUGAACCUUGGAAUGAUCUGACUUUCACUUCUGUCAGAACUGCUGACAAUGCUUCAGUGAUGAAACAUCUGGAUACAAAAGAGCAUGUCGUUCUUCCAGCCACACCACCAUGGUUCUCUAGAAUCACUUUAAUCCAAGACAAAUAACUUUGUAUUCCCUUUGACCUCACACCAGUACCUGCAGUCUCCAGGGUGGUAAAUCUUGGGAAAUAUACUGCUGAGAAAGGGGGUUGGAGGGGAGAGAGAGAGAGAGAGAGAGAGGUGAGCGAUUUUCAUUUGAAAAAUGAAUCUUCCUACCUGCUUGAGUGACCCUCUAAGUCGCUCUGGAUAAGGGUGAGGGUGAUGAUGUGGCCAGUGGUCUUACAUGUAGUUUUACUGUUGGUCCUGCCACUUGACUUUUCAUGUAUAGGUUACUGGGCUGCCUUUAUGUUCCAUGAUGUACGAAAGUGUAGUCUUCCCUGAAACAGAACAAAUUCACACGGACUGUCGGACUAUACCAUGCCUACAAACGACUAAACCAUUAAAUGUAUCUAUGAGCUGAAUACCACUUUCCUAGAGCCUGUUGUAGAUGUGUAUCAUGGCUUUUAAUGGAUAGUAUAGUGAUAGAAUAGUAUAGAAUUGUUUAUUUGCUCCAGUGAGAACACCCUCAGUGUUCCACGGCCAGGCCGGACAUGGGCAGGCGGAUGUUGGUCCACCUUGUUGUCAUCUGUCUCGUGCGCUGCCUUGAAAAGGUCAUGCCUCCUCUAUUAACGAACCCAGCGGAACUCACGGAUCGUGGCAUGUGGCCAUCUUUGUGUCGUUGCUUGAAACUCUGUUGAUCUAGCUUAGAUUUCUAGUGCAAUAAAAUGUUGCUGGUGGUUAGUUCUGCUGUGGUCAUUAUGUGGCACAGGGGGGGGGGCGUGCGGACACAUUUUGCUUGUGAAAAUACCUCAGAGUUUUAACUAUACUGUAGGUACAAAAUGAACACUGAGUUCAGAGCACUUAAUCUAAAAGCAUUUUGCAUUAUUAAGAGAGGCGCAAAUGGGAGCCUCGUUAACCACCAAGUCAAUAUAAUACAUAGAUAUAUCUUCAUUUUUAAACAUUGGCCUUUCCCUUUCUAAUUGCUUCUAGGACUCUAAUCCAUUUUGAAUGCUAAAUUGAUAUAAAUCAAAAUGAAACAUUGAAGCCAUAUUAUUGGAUAGAUAGAUGUAUGAUGUGAGAUAUGGUGAUGAAGCCUUUAGUGUUCCAGGUGCCUAAAUGCUUAGUUAUACUGUCAUCCAGCUGAUGUAAGUGAUGUGGGCAUUUUAGUGAUAUGAAGUGAAGGAUAUUGUAAAAUUCUACCACUGGAGAUGUUUGGCACCGCUCUCAAUCUCAUUUGCAAUGCUAGUCAAGCUCUGUUGUGUAAAGCUGUAAGAUUUAUUCAGGCAAUACAAAACUAAGUAAUUAUCUACUUCUACACAGAAACACACACACUCGCACACACACACACACACACACACACACACACAAGCACAUACACUCUCUCUCUCUUGUUCUUAUGACCCUGUUGACAAGGUUCAGCAAUGUAAAUAUUGCAUGUGUAAGGUUUAAAAAGGUUGAAUGUGUUUAGUGAAUAGAAUGGUCGUUGUGUUAUACUUUAUGACAUAAAAAAUACUUAUCUAAUUU